AUGAACAACUCCAGUCUUCCAGAUGUCGACCAAGGAUCGUGCUGGCUCUUUUCUUCUACAUUCUUCACAACGCUUUUGGUUGUAGUAAGCUUAGCAGCUUUCGUUGGCAACAUUCUUGUCAUUAUCGUGGUGUUCAAGACGCCAAUUCUUAGGACAAGUACUAACUUCUAUUAUGUCAACAUGGCCGUUUCUGAUUUUCUGGGCGCUCUAUUCACCUGGCCAGUGUAUCUUACUCACGAAAUCAUAACAAGCAAGGGGAGCCUACUCUACGGUACUCUGGCUUCAGCUGGGUGCAAAACGGGGGCCUUCAUAAGACUCCUG